CAUAUAAAUUCAUAAAAUUAUAUUUUUAAAAUAACAAUAAUUGUUGUAAAACAUAAAAAUAAAAAUUGCAGGUUCUGUAGAUAAAAAUAAUUAAAUAAAUCAACAGGACAAAAUAAUAUAAAUAUGAACAAAAUGUUUUCUUCUAUAAAAUCGUAUUUUAUAUGGAAAUCGCCGAAAAGUAUUGAAAUCAAACAAAAUACCUCAUCAUUGUUACUUAUGAUUUCUUUAAGUAUUCUCGAGGAUGUUUUCCUUUGGAAAAAAAUGUGGCUGUCUUUGUUAUUCUUUGUAUGUUUUAAUAUUAUUUUUAUGAUGUGCUGGUAUCGACAAUUGAAUUUGUUACAACUUGUUAUUGGAUUUUCAAUUAUAAUUGUGUGUAUUGAUGUAUUUGAGACUUGGUUAAAGUAUAAGCAUCGUAAUACAUGUCUGAAACGCUUAGCUUCACAUGACAAUGAAAAAAUUAAGGCAGCAACGUCCAAAAUAAACAACUGGAUUUGGAGACAGUGGAUUGGUUUUGCUUAUUUACGUAAUAAUAAUCAUACCAAAGCAUUUUUGCUUCUCCAAAUUAUAAUGAGUUUGAUUUUCUUCAUUGGAAGGUAUACUAGUGGAUACACAUUAUUAUAUAUGUCAUUUACAAUAUUGUUUUUCUCGCAUAAACUAAUUCCUCCACUUAUAAAGGGCUACAAAAGAGUUCAACAAAAUGCAGAAUCUGAAUUUGAAUUGGAGGGCCUCAUACCAGAUGCAUCUGAUGAAAAUUUAGAUUUAUUGACUAUUGAACCAGAUCAGCAGCCAUUGUCAGAUGAUAGACAAAGUUUGGAUUAUUGGAAACCAGAAGAAAUGGCAUUAGAAGAUGUCAGUGAUAGUAGUUCAGAUAAUAGUAGUUCUCUAGCUAGAAAUUUAUCUAUGGAAAAAAUGCAGACACUUACAAAAGAUGUAGAAGUUACAGACUCUAGUGAAGAUGAAUAUAUUCCAGAAGCAGAACAGCAACCUGAACAUUAUCAGUCGUCUUUAGAGGUGCAACCAUCGGGUACAUGGAGCAAUGCCGCCUUCAGUGUGCUGUCAAACAUCAGGGGGGCAGUUGUUAACAUGGUAUACACUCCCCAGGAUGAGAAGAAGAGGAAGAGAAUGUCAAGUGUCGAUUCAUCAGAUGGUUUUGAAAUGAUUGACAAAAAUGAGUUGUAGUUGUUAUAAAAAAAACCAAUAUGUACUUUAAAUAUUUUAAGCAAUAUGAUUUUAUUGCAACAAACCAGUUAUUACAAUGUUAGCUUACAUAUCAUUGUACUUAAUCUAUACAUUACAAGACAUAUUCUCUAACCUAGACAUCAACUCCUGAUGUUGCUUUUUCAGUGCCCUUAGACGGAUGCUGUUUAAUGCAUUUCUUGCAACCAGUGCUUCUAACAUGGGACGAGAAACCUAGGCAAAUUAAGGAAAGCUUUAAAAAAAAUUGUAAUUACUGGGAAAAACUGAUAAUAAAUGAUGAAAAGACCAAAGGUAAAAAUUAGGGGAUUAAAAAAUAGUUGUAAAAAAGUCAGAUGUAACAUAUUGUAGAUAUUGUGCUCUGGAUAAAUAUUUUGAUCUUCAAAAUGGUU